AAACUGGUUUAGAUGGAGCUGAUAUUCCAGAACAUCCAGAAUAUAAAACAUUAAUCAAACAACAAGAUGAAAAUUAUCUAUGGAAUAUUUAUCAAAAGAUCAUUAGUGUUGGAAGACCAGUAACAUUAAUUGCUACUGGAUCAUUGACUAAUAUUGCUUUGUUAUUGAAAAUUUUUCCUCAAAUAAAGAAUUCACUAUCAGAAAUCGUUCUUAUCGGUGGUUGUAUUGGUAUUGGAAAUAAAACGCCUAGUGCAGAAUUUAACUUUCUGAGUGAUCCUGAUGCAGCUCAUAUUGUAUUUACAUCUCCUCAUGUUCCACGUCUUGUUAUGGUUCCAUUAGAAUUAACACACACUGUUUGUGCAACUCCAAAUGUUAGUGAACGUUUACGUUCAUUAGCUAGUCCAUUUUCAUCAAUUCUUGAUCAUUUACUUCAUUUUUUUGCUUCAACUUAUAAACAAGUAUUUCAAUUUGAUUCACCACCAUUACAUGAUCCUUGUGCAGUUGCAUAUGUUGCUGAUAAAGAUUUAUUUGAAGAACAAAUGAUGCAUGUUGAUAUUGAACGAACAAGUGAAUUUUGUCGAGGAAGAAGUGUUUGUGAUAUAUUUGAUAUGUAUCGAAGAGAAAAAAACUGUGUUGUAGUUAUGAAAAUUAAAGAAGUUGAACAAUUUUGGAAUAUGAUGUUAGAUGCUAUUGAAUUGGCAGAUAAGAAAAGCCCAGUGAAUUCAACGAAAUCAAAUUAA